GCGGUGUCGAUUACCACCACACUGAGCUCUCCUCAGCUCCACGUCCAGCACCAUUAGCUCCUCUCUCCUUCCAGACGUUGUGUUGCAGUAUCUGGAUGAUUCAAGGCCUGCACAUGUCAGAGUUUCAUCCACUGCUGCUCUGUUCUGGAUACCAACAUGGCAGGAAUGAAUUCUGAUCAGCUGCACCGCUCCACCCUGGGGAUCUACUCUAGCCUGAUGGACGAGUUCAACCCGAGUCUACAGAAACUGGUUUCACUGGGAAACAGCUACGUUCAAGCUUUCAAAGCUCUUGCUGUGACCAGUGAGGCCUACUUCAAUGCACUGUCAAAGAUCGGAGAAAAGGCUUUCCACACGGCAUCCUCACGCUCCAUAGGAGACAUCCUGAUCCAGAUCUCUGAGGGCCAACGGAGACUCACCUUAGAGUUGGAGGGAAUGUUCCACUGGUUCAGUCGGGAGAUUCUUCAGCAGAUGGACACCAACGUUCAGCUGGACAGAGACUUCCUCUCAGGCAGCAGGGAGCAGUACAAGAGUGAAGUCCACAACCAGGCAGCAGCUCUGGAGAGGCAGCUGAGGAGAGGAACCAGCCAGGACUCCAGCGAGUAUGUCCAGUUCCUCAGGGAGAGCCACAGCCAGGCUCUGGUGGAGGAGGAGAGGAGGUACCGCUUCCUGGCUGAGAAACACUGCAACCUGAUCCAGACCAUCGCCCAGCUCAUGAAUAAGACGGGAGGUGGUCUCCAGCAGAGGGCCGACGCCUGGAUGGAGGAGGUCGGAGCCACCAGAAGACCUGAACCCAGGAGACCCAGCAGUCCAGACCACACCCUGGGAAGGAGGAAGGGGGAGGAGAUCCGGAGGAGCAAAGAGGAGCCAGAACUCGGCAGCAUCCCAUCCAGAGCUCCGUCUCCACAGGGAAGCAUUUCUCGCUUCUCCAUGGACUCGGUGGGCGGCGGCUAUCUGGGCAGAUCCAUGAGGGCCCUGGUGGCCCAUGAGCCGGCCAGCUCCCAGUCCACCUUACUGCCCUUCAGCAGGGGGCAGAUAAUCACCGUGAUGGUCCAGCAGCCCAGGAACGGCUGGUUUUAUGGACGCACCGACAGCAGCUCACGUCAGGGAUGGUUUCCAGGAUCCUACGUGGAACCAGUGGAUGAUCCUCCACAGUCUCCAAGCCUCCGAAACUCCACUCUUCGAAGCAACAACAGCAUGAGCAACCUGCAGGAACAUUCAGGAACCGGCAGCCAGAACGUAGCUCCACCUCCUCCACCACCUCCACCUCCGCUGUCUUCAUCUUCUAGUAAACACUCAGAGACCAGACCAAUGGCAACAGCUCCUGGAAAAAGGGCUGAGUCCAAAUCUGAGCACAAGCAGAGAUCACCUCCACCUGGACGCCCAGAGCUCUUCCCCAGGGGUACCAAUCCAUUCGCUACAGUGAAGCUGAAGCCCACCGUCACCAACGACAAGUCGGCUCCACGUCUGUAUCGCAGAUGACAUCUCAACCUCAGAAUGAUGCCUUCAUCUAGCUUUCCUGACCUUCGCAGCAUGUUAGGUUUAAAGCUAAGUGGACCUUCGAUGGAGGCUUUUUGUCACAUUUUAUACUCCUAAAAACAUUUUGUUUUACAAAACAUCCCUUAAACAAGGACAGAAGAAGAAAUAAACCUGACUAACUCUUUUAGAUAUCUUGGGUUUGCAUCAGAAUUAUACAUUUAUACAUUAAUGGGAUGGUUUAGUAGAUAAAUCUAAUGCAAUCCCAUAGAACAGCUGUGCCAUAAAAGCUGCUUUUAGAGAGCCUUUUGUAUCUUCAGAUGUGUUGACGUUGCCUGAAGGUGAUGAUUCUACUUUAUGUUUAUUAUGGAGGUCAUAGUGGCCUCAACAGUUAUGCAGUUAUUUUCUAUAACUAGCUCUUUUUCUGUUCAGUGAAUUCUAAAAUAGUAAGAAUGAAUCCCUGAGAUAUAAAUAUGUUUAUGUAAAAUAUGUGCAUUUAUGAUUGCAGGUCUUAGAUCGUUGUAGAAGCUUUAGUAAAAGAAAGAAACUGGACUGAACUCCAGGAGGCUUCUUCACUGGAGGAAAAAAAUCAAGAAAAUUCUUGUAAAUAUUUUCAAAAAAUGAGUAAAAAUCUUCCAAAAAAAUCCUAAAAAUAUCUAAAGUGAUUCCAUAUAUAUCAGUAAAACUUCUAAUAUUUUCUUUAAGAACAUUCACAUAAAAAUCCGCCAAAGUCCAGCAAAAUUUUGCUGGAUUUUGGUGGAUUUUUAUGUGAAUGUUCUUAAAGAAACAUUUUUAACAUUUGUUUUUUUCCACCAAAAAAUGUCCAAAGAUUUCCCAAAACGUUGAAAAUGUGGACAUCAGAAGUUUCACUGUGGAAAUAUAUAUUUUUUCCACAUUUUCAAACUUUAAAAGGGGUCAGUUUUGCCCCACAGCUGAUGUUUCAGGGAAUCAGUCUUUCCGUUAUGCAGGAUGAGUCAUUUAUAGCUCAGGGAUGAUCGCUGGAUGCCAUGUUGCUACCGUAAUGAUCUUUUUUUUUAAUGUUCCCUAUUAUUCUACCUGUUCUACAUGUGAUAUUAAAUCCUCUGCUAAAUAUUAAUUGCAAAAAAAAUGUGCUUUGGAAAAUGUCUUGUGGAAAAUGAUAAUCUAACCUCAGGCAGAUAAUGUAAUCUUGUAAAAAUAGGAUAAUAUAUGUGAAUGUGAUGAAUAAUGCAGCGUAUUAAAGGAUCAUGUAAUGUC